GGCGCUGAGAGUCCGUGAGCUGCCCAGCGCCUAAGGCCUGGCUUGUAGCUCCCUACCCCGGGCUGCCGGCCCCGAAGUGCCGGCUGCCACCAUGAAUAGUGAGGAGCAGUACUACGCGGCCACACAGCUCUACAAGGACCCGUGCGCAUUCCAGAGGGGCCCGGUGCCAGAGUUCAGUGCUAACCCCCCUGCGUGCCUGUACAUGGGCCGCCAGCCCCCACCUCCGCCGCCACCCCAGUUUGCAGGCUCGCUGGGAACGCUGGAACAGGGAAGUCCCCCGGACAUCUCCCCAUACGAAGUGCCCCCGCUCGCCGAUGACCCGGCUGGCGCGCACCUCCACCACCACCUCCCAGCUCAGCUCGGGCUCGCCCAUCCACCUCCCGGACCUUUCCCGAAUGGAACCGAGACUGGGGUCCUGGAAGAGCCCAGCCGCGUUCAUCUCCCUUUCCCGUGGAUGAAAUCCACCAAAGCUCACGCGUGGAAAAGCCAGUGGGCAGGAGGUGCAUACGCAGCAGAACCGGAGGAGAAUAAGAGGACCCGGACAGCCUACACUCGGGCCCAGCUCCUGGAGCUGGAGAAGGAAUUCUUAUUUAACAAAUACAUCUCCCGGCCUCGCCGGGUGGAGCUGGCAGUGAUGCUCAACUUGACUGAGAGACACAUCAAAAUCUGGUUCCAAAACCGUCGCAUGAAGUGGAAGAAAGAGGAAGAUAAGAAACGUAGUAGCGGGACAACGAGCGGGGGCGGUGGGGGCGAAGAGCCCGAGCAGGAUUGUGCCGUAACCUCGGGCGAGGAGCUGCUGGCAUUGCCACCGCCACCACCUCCCGGAGGUGCUGUGCCCUCAGGCGUCCCUGCUGCUGCCCGGGAGGGCCGACUGCCUUCGGGCCUUAGUGCGUCCCCACAGCCCUCCAGCAUCGCGCCACUGCGACCGCAGGAACCCCGGUGAGGACCGCAGGCUGAGGGUGAGCGGGUCUGGGACCCGGAGUGCGGACAUGGGCAUGGGCGCGGGCAGCUGGAUAAGGGAGGGGAUCAUGAGGCUUAACCUAAACGCCACACAAGGAGAACAUUCUUGGGGGCACAAGAGCCAGUUGGGUAUAGCCAGCGAGAUGUUGGCAGAUCUCUGAAAUAAAAGACCCGAGCUUCUGAAAACUUAGAGGCUGCCUCUGGUGCCAUGUGAACCGCCAGGUCUGCCUCUGGGACUCUUUCCUGGGACCAAUUUAGAGAAUCAGGCUCCCAACUGAGGACAAUGAAAAGGUUACAAACUUGAGCGGUCCCAUAACGUCCACCAGGCGAGCUGGACCGGGUGCCUGUGACUGAUCGGCCGAGCAAUCUAAGGUUGAGAAUAAACGGAGCUGCUUGAGGUUUCAAA